GGGGCGGGUCACGUGGUGCAUCCCCGGGCGGUCACCUUCGGCGGACGCUACGGUGGCCGGGAGGGUUUCCUUGGCGACAGCGGCCACGCGCGAGCGAUCUGGCGGCCUGGGUCGGGGCUGCCGUUUGUCCGUCGUCCCACAGCCCAACCUCGGGGGCGCCCGUCGGGGCUCGGAGUAGGAGCAGCACUCCGAGCCCUCUCUCUUGGCAGCCGCGGAUCCCAGCAAGGGGCGUUUUGUGUUACGUCACUCCCGAACCUGCUCUUCUAAGGGUAUGACCGCAAAGCGUGAUGGCUGUGUGUGUUUGUCUUUUUGAAAAGCAAGGAUCUAUUUUGUUAGCUUUUCGCGGGGAGUAGCUUUAAGCCAGAGCGUGGGGUGGUCUGGGGAUGGAGAAGGAGUGAAAGCAGGAAGUGGUUCUCACAGUCUCCAGUUUACCACUUUACCAGUACUGAAAGACAGUUGUUUAGAAGGUAACGUCCAGUUGCAGAUUAUGGCUCAUCGGUGCACAAAAGAAGAAUUAGAUGAGCAGUUUGAAGAGUUUCUGAAAGAGUCUCUUUCAGACGAUUCACCUGGAAAUUCAGAAAAGAAGUCCAGAGUCCUUGAGGCAUUGGGACAGCCCAGGAAAAAAGAAACAAAGCAAAAGGAUGCAGUGCCGUGGUGGCUAUGUGAGGAAGAUUUGGACGAUGGUGAUUUCCAAACAAGAUUUGUUAAACUGAGAAAUGAGAAGGAAAGGAUGGAGAGCCAUGAGGAAGUAGUGGAGAAUAGUGAACAAAAGAUUCCUCGUUCAGAUUUCCAGUCUGAAAUCCUUGAAGCCAGAGAAAGCAUUAUCAAGAAGGCUUUGCAGCUUACGGAGGAAACUGAUGAGAAUAUGCAUCCAGAAAAGAUGCAGCUUCAGAAGAGUAAUGGAGUCACUUUCUCAUUAAGUAGAGACAGCCUGGAAACAAAUGAUUCCUUUGUAGCUUCUGGUCCUAAUCAAAGUAAUACAGGAGUUGGAUUGGAUACCUUGGAAGAACAAGAGGAAAAAGAGAUCUUUUUUGCUAAACUUGAACAAGAAGCUUCCUCACCUAUUGAUUAUUCAAGAUUAAAUAAAGAGCUGAAUUCCAGCGAUUCUGUAAUACUGGAACCAUUUGUACGAAAUGAAAGAAGUGAAAAAGAACUGGAAUCCACACCUGAAGAGAAAUGUGGCAGCUACAGUGAAGAUUUUGAAGAAGAAACAGAUGCUAAUCCUGCCUUUAAAAUUGAAGAAAGUCAGGAACCAAACACGGGCAUGCUGGCUAAAGUUGUACUACUUGAUUCACAAGAUUCAACUACAGAACUUCAGAAGGCUGCUGAAACAUCAGGUGUAGCUCCAAGUGAGCAUGAUCUUCCUCAAGAAGUUAGUGGAAUUGAAAUGAAUGAAGCAGGUAUUUCAUAUGGACAGACUACCAGUGGCACUGAAGCCUUACACCAUGCAUAUCACAUUAAUCAGUCUUUGGGAGACACUGAUGAGCAAAAACUUCAUGAUUCUUCAUUGGCCAUCUCAAAAUGCUUAGUGCAAGUGACUUCACAAAAUCAUGAUCUCUAUUCAAAAAACACUUCAACUACUGAGACAGAUUUACCUACUGUGGGAGAACUUAUGAGACCUAUUAAAGGAGAUUCCUAUAAUGCCAGAAGUUUUGAGUUGGAACCUGAAAGUCCUGUGAAGCUGAUAGGCAGCACGGUAAAUGAACUUGUCAAUCUUCUACCUUAUAAAGAGCACCAAAAUAAUUCAGUUUGGGAGACAAACUUACUUGAAAAAUUUAGUGGAGAAGACAGCAUCUUUCUGCAGACAGCUGCAAAUGAAGAUAGCUUUCAGAGGAUGACUGAGAAAGAAAUUCAGACCAGUGAAGUACAACCUGAUGUGCUAAGUGAAAAGAUAAUACAAGACUGUGUGCUUUCACAAGGCAGCAAAACUGAACAGGUUCUGCAGUCCUCUUGCUUGAGGAAUGAAAAAUCAGAAUCAACAACAACUAAACAAAUGUACAAGAAUAUCAGAAGUACAACACCUUUACAUAAAAAGAAGUCUUCAUAUGGUCCUCAUGGGGUGGUUAGAAGUUCUGGAUAUGGGAAAUCCACUUCAUACUCAAAGCAGUCCAUUCCAGCUACUGAUAGGAAAAUACCAAAAGAAACUUUGAGAAAAAACAUUAUGAAAUAUAGAAGUCCUGGAGAUAGAGCAAGAUCUAAAGAAGCCUUAUUUACUACAAGGACAAUAAGAUCUGCAGCAAAUGAACAGACUUCUAAGGAGGGUAUUAACAGAGCUAUGUCUGAUCAAUCAGUUGUUCAUAAUCUUGGACACCCAGUUGUGGAUUCUUGCAGACAGCAUCAUUACGAUUUACCAGUUUCUCCUGUCAAAAGUUGUGAGAGGGAACUGCAUUUGCUAAGACGAGCACAAGUUGCUGAGGAGGACCUGAGCAGUGCACGUGAUGUGAUUCAACAGCUAACCAGCACAGUUUCAGAAAAGGAGAAAGAAAUGGAGACAAAAAUAGCAGAAUUGAAAACACGCUAUGAAAAAGAGCUUUCUCAGCUGGGUCAAGAAAACUAUGUUCUUCAGAGCAAGUUGAGAAGCAUGGAGGAGCUGUCUAAGGAGAAGAGGUGGAUCCAUCAUACAGCAACAGUUCCUGUCCCUGAAGAAAAACUGUCACAAAUACAGAAAGAAAUGGAAGAUCAAGAGGUCAUUAUUCAAGGUUAUCAACAGGAAAAUGAGAGGUUAUACAAACAAAUGAAGGAGCUGCAAAUCCAAAACAAAAAAAAUGAGGAACAAAUGUAUAAGGAGAAUCAGUGUUUAAUGUCUGAAUUAAUAGCCCUAAGAGAAAAGGUAGAAAGGACUAAUAUCCAGUCACAAAUUGUGCAGGAAUCUGAACCAACAAGAAAUCAAAGUUUCACAGAAUUGAUUUCAGAGCUUCGAGCAGCACGGAAGGAAGAAACUAAAUUACAAGAAGAGAUAAGACGGCUUAAACAAGAUAAACAAGCUCUUGAGUUAGACCUGGGGCAAGCAAAGAAAGAGAGAGAUCUAGCAAAAGUCCAGAUUACGUCCACAUCAAGUGAGAAGUCUUAUGAAUUUAAAGUUAUGGAAGAAUCGUACAAACAGGAAAUUCUCCAUUUAAAAAGGCGGCUUCAGUGGUAUGCAGAAAAUCAGGAUCUUCUGGAUAAAGAUGCAGCCCGUCUUAAAGAUGCAAGAGAAGAAAUUGAAAAACUGAAACAAGAGGUCGAGAGGCUCAGAGCUGAAGCUGGAGAUCAUCAGUGUGUGCAACAAAAGAAGCGUUUGAGAGACAGAGCAGCAGAUGCUAAAAGAAUUCAGGACCUUGAACGACAAAUCAAAGAAAUGGAAGGCAUUCUAAAAAGACGUUAUCCAAAUUCUUUGCCUGCUUUGAUUUAUGCUGCUGCUACUGCUGAGAAAGCUGAUGAUCUUUCAGCUAAAGCAAAAACAAUUGAUUUUUUGGAAAGAAGAAUAAAAAAGUUGGAAACAGAACUUGAAGGUAAAGAUGAUGAAGCUAAAACAAGUCUCCGUGCCAUGGAACAACAAUUUCAAAAGAUAAAGAUGCAGUAUGAACAAAGACUUGCAGAGCUUGAGCAACUCCUUGCUUACAAAUGGAAGAGUGAAUCACCAAAACUGAACAGCGAUAAAGCCAAUUCUAUUGAACUUGAACUGCAGCUUCAGAAUCUUAAGACGACCCAUCAGAUUACUGUUGAAAACCUCAAGACAGAAAUUGAAAACCUCAAGAGUCAAAAUUCCCAAUUAAAACUCAGAAGUAAAAAGGAUAAUAAAGACUUACAGUCAACAGAUUGGCAAAUGAAACAAGGUAACACAAAAGAGAAGCUGCUGAAACUAAAUCAAGAACUGAUCACAAAAAAUAGAGAAAUACAAGACCUUACAAAAACUGUAGAGAAACUUCAAAAAGAAAGAAUGGCAAUGUUGUCUGAUAAUAAUUUGAGAAAUAAAACUGAUAAUAAGGAAAACUGUCAAGAGAUCUUGAAAAAGAAUACCAUGGCAACAGAGAAAAGGAAUUCCAGCCACAGCGAACCCUUUAUAGGCAUUUUUAACAAUGACAAAAUGUACCAGCCACAUAACUUUUCUGAUUCUAAUGUCUUGGAAGUUCUGCAAGAAAAUGCACGGUUGAAGGAGGAGCUAGAAAAAUUGUCUCUAGAAAUGAACCAGCAGAGGGUGAAGUCUCAGGCAACACUGGCGUAUUCUGAAAAUAAUAUACGAAGGAUACAGGAAGACACAGCAGAAUAUGUUGCAGCUCUGAAAGCUUCCCAUCAAAGAGAAGUAGAGAAGAUUCUUUCUCAGUACACAAAAGAGCAUUCUGCUUCCAAAGUAGCUGAACUAAAUGGCAGAAUUUCAACACAAGAGAUUUUAAUAAAACAUUUGCAAGAACAAAUCAGUGAACACCAGAGACAUCAGGAAGCCCUCCUGGUUUCACAAAUGCGAGAGGAAUUCCUGCAGAAAGAGGUGGCAAAAUUGUUGGAAGAACUGAGAGAGGCUAAGGAAAGCCAGAGUCCUGAAAUGAAACAUUUCUUGUGCCUGGAAAAGAAAAUCAAGCAUAUUGAGACGCGACAUGCAGUAAGAGAACAGGAGCUUCAAAAGGCAACACAACUAACACAGCACAUUACUGAAGGAAGGCAAAGCCGUGAAGCUGAGAGGUGGCGUAAGCUUGCACAGCAGAAAAAUGAAGAGCUGGAGAGAUUUCGAGUGGAAUUGGAUUCAAUACUGGAUGUUUUACGGGAACUGCAGAAACAAGGGGUUGUAAUUCCAGCACCUAACUCCAAUGGAUUCAGUGUGACAGACAACUGUUGGAAGACGUGAUUAGAUAUGAGUGGUUUCACAGGAGGAGAAGUUGAAUGUUUCAGUUUAUGGAUAGGAAAUAUUAUUGAAAAUCAUCAGUGAAGUGCUUAUAAGUUGAAUUACAUUCUGAUCUGAAAUCUUACUUGUCCAAAAGUAGAGCAUUAAGCUACACCCCAGUUAAACUGUCUUAUUUUGUUAGUGAUAUAAUUCAUACUUUCUUCAAUUUUAGGAACACCGAGGUUAUUCUGUAAACUCAGUUACCCUUCCAGGUGAUGCUUUUCAGAUCCUGUAGAACAUGCCUGAACAUUUUUAACUGUUGUUCAUGGUUUGUGUUACAUCAGGUCCUUUUUGAACAACUUCAAUAAUACGUUUGGUUAUAUACUUAGUGUAUGGUGUUAUCAAUACUAUCCAUGCAGUAGGGUGUGAGAUCCUCUUUGUUCUGUUUGUCAGCUAGUAAGAUUUUUGAACAAUAAAAUCAGUAAAUUAUGAGUUUGACAUCUCAGCACUGCAAGUCCUUAGAAUGACAUAGCACAUGUACUGAGAUUUUAGCUCAACCAAUUAUACUUAUUUAGGGCAAAGACAAACUAAAGGCCAGGAUGUGCUCCUGAGCUCCUAUCCUGUAAUUCUGUGCAUUCUAUGCUGUAUUUUGUAUCAUUGGUUUCAUUUUAUGAAACUAAGAUUUAAGUCAAAAGUGAAAUUGUUCAGGUUUGUAUGUAUUUAUGUCACACUUUGUUAUGUACCAGCAGUAAACCCCAUGCAUUUUGACUUAGAGAAGCAUGUGUGCGAGUGUGCAGAAAGCACAAAUAGUACCAAUUAUACCAGGUAGGCACAGGCAGUAAUUAACAGUGCAAGAUUUCUUUGACUGCACACAUUCAAAUUAUGUAUGUCUAUAUGCAUGUGUGUGUGUAUAUAUAUGUGUGUGUAUAUAUAUAUAUAUAUGGUGGUAAAGUAUUAAUAUACUAAUUCUGGGUGAGAAUAAUUAUAGAUGUUUUCUCCUCAGACGAUGAAGUAUUUGCCCAGGCUUGUCCAUUGCUCAGGAAUGACCAAACAAUGGAGCACUAUUAACCCCAUCUGGGGUAUGGGCCGCAGUGCUGUGCCUGCUCAAGUUAUGGCAAAUAGUUCUAUGCCAUCAAACCAGGCUUUUGCAUUAGUUUUGCAAAAAGGUCAGAUAUCCCAGUUUUUAUGGUUCUGUUGCUCUCUUGUUUUAUGUUUUAAUAAAAAACAUUAAAAAUUAAAA